GGAUAUACCUCUAUACUGCAGCAUUUCUCGCAAAGGCUAGAACUAUUAUCUUUCAAGUAAGAAACCGCGAACUGUUAAACGUAGCAGUGUCUCAAGAUGGAUUUUGGUGGAGGCUCGCAAUUUGACGGGUCCGACAGAUCCCGAAUUUUCAUAAAUGUCGGGGGAUUUCGACACGAAACUCAUGUAUCUACACUCAAGAAUAUUCCUGAUACCAGACUUUACUGGAUAGCGGAGAAUCAUGACACUGAAACCUCUGGAAAACGAGAAUAUUUUUAUGAUCGCCAUCCGGGUGCGUUUACACAAAUUUUGAAUUAUUAUCGUACCGGCAAACUACAUUAUCCAACAGAUAUGUGUGGCCCCAUGUUCGAAGAAGAACUUUGCUUUUGGGGAAUUGACGAAAAACAAAUGGAACCUUGUUGCUGGACCACGUAUACAAAACAUCGAGAAGCUGAAGAAAAUUUAAAAGCCUUUGUUGGCCCUGAUUUCGAGCACCUGAAAAGUAAUGACCUUGAGAGAUCCUCCUCUGACAUAUCUGGCAUCGAUGAGAAAAGAGAUAAUUUUUGGAAAAGAAUACAGCCUAAAAUUUGGAAUAUUCUGGAUGAACCUCAUUCAUCUAAGCUGGCAAAGAUCGUCUCAUAUCUUUCCUGCUUUUUCAUCAGUUUGUCAAUCGCUGCAUUCUGUGUCUCCACAUUACCAGGAAUUCGAGAGGACGGAGAGAUCGUAGGCAGUCCUAAUGGAUUGUCUGUUCUCGAAAUUGUCUGCAGCAGUUUUUUUACAUUGGAAUUUCUAAUGAGAGUUAUAUUUUGCCCCUCCAAACUAUUGUUCUUCAAGAGACCAAUGAACUGGAUCGAUCUGAUAUCUAUUUUGCCAUUUUAUGUCUCGUUUUUGACGGCUGAUGAAAAGGUGAAGAUGUUCUUGGUCAUUCGAGUUAUGCGAUUACUCAGAUUCGUAAAGUUGUCUUACGGUCUCCAGAUUAUGAUCCAUACUCUGAAAGCCAGUUCCCACGAGCUAGUUCUUCUCCUUCUCAUGCUGUUGAUUCCUGUGGUCAUGUUCUCCAGCAUUGUGUACUACCUUGAGUUCAUGAUAAACAAUAAGUCAGUCUUCAACUCAGUCCCACAAUCCUUUUGGUGGUGUCUCAUUACCAUGACAACAGUGGGAUAUGGUGAUCUUACCCCACAAACAUGGCCGGGAAAAAUCAUCGGAGGCGCCUGUGCAGUUUGUGGUGUGUUGAUCGUUGCUCUGCCGAUUUCAGUCAUUGGUAGCAACUUCAACUUGUACUAUGCGCAUGCACAAGCAAGGCUCAAACUUCCAGUCAAGCAGCAUCGACUCGUGCUUGGGGGCGUCCCGGGUCUACUCACAAAACAUCAGGAGCUGAGCUCACGGAGAAAGAAGAAGUCUUGUGCUUUACCAAACCACGUGGACGUGGAAAUGAGCUGUAUGACAGAGCGAACAUCACUCAGAUCCUCAAUGCCUCAUAGUCCACUCCUAGAGCUGCGUAGAGCCACAGCAAGAACUAUACACGAGUCAGACGUAGAUCUUCUGACUGCAGAUGAAGACGAGAGAAGCGUGUCAUCACCGUUACUGAAGCCAAGUCCUCAACUGCACCUGAGAGGGUUUGGAGACAAUAACAAAGCAGUGAAUUUCCAAGGCCUUCCUAGAAGGAGGCCUCGCCGAACAUCCGGGACACUUAUGCCCCGAAAAGUGAGCAUUCUCCCGGAUGAAGAGAGCAAAGGUAUACAAAAGCAAGAUGAGACAUCAUCAGAACAACUGUCACAUGCUGAGAGGGGUUUUGCGCAUGCGGGGUGCAAUAACGAUAGUCAAGUACCAGUGAAUACUCAAAUAACACCAUUAGAGGUGGAGCAAACUCAGGAAUACACUCCACAUCCCAUUAUGGAGAGCGCGGGAAACUCCCCCGCUCAUCUCAGUAGCGACGAACAAAUGAACUGUACAAUACAAAGUGAAUUCGAUCCAUUGGUCUCCGUAGUAAGUUCUGGAAAAGACAAUAUUCGAGCAAAGUGGUUUUUGGAAGGAAACCAGUUUAUAAAACCACGACAAGAUGAUUCUAGAGGCCAGAUCAUGGCUAACGGUGAUGUUAACUCAUCAAGUUGUAAGAGGCCUUCUGUGGACUCUGGAAAUAGAUCUUCUCAAGAGUCAAAUAGCAACCAUUUAUCCCCGAUGGAAACUCCACUUAAAAAACGAAAAUCUCUAUCUGAUUCUCUUCUGUGCGCACUGCCACAAGAUGAUAAAUACUCUUAUGAUGGAACUUCAAAGGAGGACAACGAAAAUGAAUUGAAAACUGACACUUUUAGUGGUGCUCGUAAGCAGAAUUUUUCCAAGCAGAAUGGGUCACCUUUCUCAGCUAAAAAGGCAAUUAUUAGUAAUGGACCCUGCCUUAAACAUUCAGAUGAAGAUAUAAUUUCCCAUCGAAACAGAACAACAACUCAUCCAUGUUAUGAGUCACCGGAGCUGCCCAAGAGAAAACGGAACGCCGCUUGUACGGUGGCAAUUUUGUCGGCAAGUGACAGAAGUAGUGAAGACUUUCUGGAAACGAAGAUUUAAAAUGUAAAAAGAGAAACAUGUCAACAUACUAACACGUGCCGACGAAAAGAAAAAAUUUAGAGGCAACAAACAAAGAAAAAGAAUAUACGACCCAAAAAGGGAUUGAUUGUAGCAACUUUAAUGCCAAAAUUAUCGUAUCAUUGGACGUAUUCCAGAAUUCAUUAUAUCAAAGAAACUAUGUAUUUGUAAUUACUCCUUAGCGUUAAAACGUUUUUACAUCCUAGACAAUGGGCCCUAGUUGGACUUAAAAUGUUUCUCGACCAUUUUAGUAAAACAGUUGUGACAAGAGGGGAACAAGAGUUGAGACUGAAUCCUUGAUAAAGAAAGCUUCUUUUAAGUUUGCAAAUGAACCUUUUUCAAUACCUUUUCUUUGAAUAAUUCUUGUUAAGUUAGUUGUAGAUCACGCAUGUUUUCCAUCACUCUUUUCCCCCUCUAUAGAUUAUAGAAAUAACUAGUGACGUGUGUCGAAUCUUGUUCACAUGAAUACCCGAGUGGGUUCUGUUCGUUAGUCACCAAAACAUUUAGGCAAAAAACCAGAUAGUUUCACCCCUUCGCCAGAAAGACCAGAUCGCAGAGCCCUAAAAUAACGUAAGAAAUAAUCGUACCAUUUGCGGUAAGGGUAAUGUGCUGCAAUUUAAGGCAGCUCAUAAAUGUUUAGAUUUUGGGAUUUAUUAAGAUAAACUGUGCUACUUCUCUUUUUCAGUUGAUGAGUCUGAUAAAGUAAAAAACAAGUGCUUCAGUCUUUUAAAUCAAGAAACAAUCAAUUGUCUUUGACAGAUUACUUUAGAAAAAGUAUCGCCUGCAAAAAUACUUAUCUAAGUUCGCUCUAUUGCUUAUUAUAAUGGGGCUCGGACACUCUUAAGCAGAAAUCGAAUCUUCAACCAAAAAUCACUCUCAUUCGAGAAUAAGACUCUUUGCCACGGAGCUUAUUUCAAAGUAACUUUUACCAUAGGAAAAAUUAAGGGUGUUCUUUUGAUUAAAACAUUUCUAAGGAUACUUAGUCAAAGAUGCAAAUAAUGAAUGAUGAUAACAAAAUUAUUGCUAUUUGAUGGAUUAAUUGAGUGAUACUGUUAUAUUUUCAUCAACUGAUAAGGAAAAGUAGUUUUUGUCCAUCAAAGCAUUAGUGGUGUCAAUUAAUUUUUUAAAAAUUUGAGCACAUGCAAAGUCCAGCCUGGUGUAAAACGUUUUCAGAAGCCAUAACUUUGUGUGCGACAUCAGUUGCCGCAGUAAUAAAGUAUUUAUC